UUUUAUUAAGGUUGACACCGACUUACAUGCUGGUGUUAGGAAUAACGCAAUUAAGUUCAGCUUGGUUCGAUAAGACAUCUCAAUUUGACAUUUAUGAAAAGUCGCACGAAACUUGCGCGAAAUACUGGUGGAGAAAUCUAUUGUACAUAAAUAACCUUUUUAGCGCCGAUGAUAUGUGCAUGAUUUGGAGCUGGUAUUUAGCUAAUGACAUGCAAUUUUAUAUAAUUACUAUGACGCUGUUGGUUUUGUCAACUAUGUACUUCUAUACAGCUGUUAUGAUAUUAGGUGGACUUUUAAUGGGUUCAAUUAUCUUUAGCGGUUACAUUUCAAAUAUUUAUGAAUAUGUCCUAACAAUAGAUCCAGUGGAUGGACUUUCAGAUGUCUUCUACAACCCACCAUGGAUGAGAAUAAUUCCAUAUAUUAUUGGAAUAAUUGCAGGUUACGUUUUAGCAAAAUUUAACAACAAUUUGAUAUUGAAAAGAAAAAUUGUUAUUUUGUGUUGGUGCAUUUUUUGUUUUAUGACUACUUGCAACGUUUUUGUAUCAUUUGUUCUUUAUCACAAGCGAUCCGUCCUAUUUACUGCUAUAUAUGUGGCACUGCACAGAUUAUUUUGGGCCAUAGGUAUGGCAUGGAUUGUAAUAGCGUGUUGUACUAAACAUGGAG